AUGGCCUCCUCAGCAGGGCCAUCAACACGCUCCGUCUCGCCUGUCGCCUACGAUGACCUCCCAACGGACUACAAGCCUUACGUGCGUGUCGCCAAACGGCGUGCUCAAAUGCUCUCCAAGCUUGGUCCUGGGCGGCACGUGUCUAAGAAGAUUAAGACGACUGAGGAGCUCGACGAAGAGAAGGACGCGUUGCGGGCCCUAGACGAGGCUAACGAGCGCGAGCGCGAGAAGGCGCGGCAGAAACGCACCCUGCUCCAGGAGGCGCUGGAAGUGAAGCGGCGAAAAGAACUGGAGGACGCGAGCAAGACAGAGGCGCAGAAGCAGGCAGAGGAGGAGGCGGCGUUGCUGGCUCAAGUACAGCGCGGACAGAAGAAGCUCGCGAGUGUCCAGGAGAUUGCGCACGGCAAGACGUACACACAGAGCAUGAAGUCGACAUGGCGACCACCACGGUAUAUCCGUGAUCUCGGGCCGGAGGGGCAGCAGGCGGUGCGCGAUAAGCAUUCCAUCAUCAUCGAGGGUGAAGACCCACCACCAGCCAUCGAACACUUUGCCGAUAUGAAGAUCCCCCCACCGCUUCUCGAGUACCUGGCGAACAAAGGCAUCGCGCGGCCAACCCCGAUCCAAAUGCAGGGCCUGCCAACGGCGUUCGCCGGCCGCGACAUGAUUGGCAUUGCUUUCACAGGCUCUGGCAAAACCCUCGCAUUCACACUCCCAGCCAUCCUCAAAUCACUUGAGAUGGAGAUGAAGCUCCCGCUUGUUAAGGGCGAGGGACCCGUCGGUUUAGUCCUCUGCCCGUCUCGCGAACUCGCGCGACAGACGUACGAGGGAUGCGUGGCGAUGUGCACCAAGCUCGCCGAGGGCGGAAAGUACCCUGAGCUGCGGAGCCUGCUUUGCAUUGGCGGAAUCAGCAUGGCAGACCAGGCUGAGGUGCUGCAGCGCGGCGUGCAUGUGGUGGUGGCGACGCCGGGGAGGCUUAUCGACAUGCUCGAGCGAGGGCGACUAAACGCGGACAACUGCAAGUACAUGUGCAUGGACGAGGCCGACCGCAUGAUCGACAUGGGAUUCGAGGACGCCGUUCGCAGCAUCAUGGAUCAUUUCAAGUACCAGAGGCAGACCCUUUUGUUCAGCGCGACGAUGCCGCGCAAGAUCCAGGAGUUUGCGCAGGCGUCUCUCGUGAACCCUCUCCUCGUGAAUGUGGGCCGCGCUGGCGCAGCCAACAUGGAUGUCAUCCAGGAGGUCGAACACGUCAAGGCAGAGGCCAAGAUGGUGUACCUGCUCGAGGUGCUGCAGAAGACGCCGCCACCCGUCAUCAUCUUCAGCGACAACAAGAACGAGGUCGACGACAUCCAAGAGUACCUCCUGCUCAAGGGCGUCGAGGCGGUGGCGAUCCACGGAUCGAAAACACAGGACGAACGAGAAUACGCGAUCAAGUCGUUCAAAUCCGGUGCCAAGGACGUUAUGGUCGCUUCGGGUGUCGCGUCCAAGGGCCUUGACUUCAAUGAGAUCCAGCAUGUCAUUGUGUACACAAUGCCCAAGGAGAUCGAGGACUACGUUCACGAGAUCGGGCGAACUGGGCGUUCGGGCAAGACGGGUUUGGCGACGACAUUUGUCAACAACACUACCAGCGAGCAGACCCUCCUCGACCUCAAGUACCUCCUCAUGGAAGCGAAGCAGAAGAUCCCCCAAUUCCUCCUUGACACUGACGACCCACGCGCCGCCGCUGGGGACGUGCUCAAGGGAUGCCCAAUCUGCGGUGGCCUGGGUCACGGCCUCUCGGACUGUCCCAAGCUUGCGGACGAGCAGCGGCGCAAGGCCGCUGCCAGUGCGUCCUACGGCGACAACUACUAA